UUCUACGGCAACUGUCACAGCUUAUGCUAGACGGGUCCGUGGUUCCGGUGACGCCGCUGAAAGUCCUCGCGGCUUCGGAGCUUGCCCAAACCCUACAAACCGUGCAGAAAAGUCAGAUAUCCGGUGGGUAGUGCUAGAUCUAGGCCCACAGCAGUCCGUAUCGGCUGAUAUGCGCAACAAAUCACAAUACCAGUUCAACGCGAACGCGACAUAUGUGAUUGCAGGUGGCUUUGGCGGCCUGGGCCGGAGCAUGUGUUGAUGGAUGGCAGGUCGAGGAGCGCGGAAUCUCCUCGUUUUAUCCCGCUCCGGGGCCCGGUCCGAGUCGGCGCGCCAGCUGGUUCAGGAUCUCGGUGUGCUCGGGGUCACGGUGGUGGCGCCGACAUGCGAUAUCAUCCAGCCGAAUUCACUCGCCGAUGUAUUGAAGGAGCAUGCCUCUAAGUUGCCUCCCAUCCGAGGAUGCCUCCAGUGCACCAUGGUGCUGAGAGAUGCCGUAUUCACGAACAUGACAUACGAGGACUUCAUCAUCAGCACACGACCCAAGGUCUUCGGCUCAUGGAACCUGCACGCUCUCCUCCCGAAGGGGAUGGAUUUCUUCGUGCUCCUCUCGUCGAUCGGCGGGGUGCUCGGCGCCCCCAGUCAAUCCAACUACUGCGCCGGGAACACCUUCAAGGAUGCGCUGGCGCGGUACCGGGUGCAGCUCGGGGAGAGAGCCGUCGCCAUCGACUUGGGCAUGAUGGUCGGCGAGGGGGUCGUGGCCGAGACGGCCGGCAUGCUGGACUCGCUACGCCGUCUGGGCUACUUCAUGGACGUUACCCCGGCCGACCUGCACGCGCUGCUGACCCACUACUGCGACGCCGCCACCGCCCGGCCGUCGCCCACCGAAGCGCAGGUCGUGGUGGGCAUCGAAUGCCCCGCCGCGAUGGAGGCCAAGGGCUUCGACCCGCCCUACUGGAUGCACCGGCCGUAUUUCCGGCCCCUCCACCUCGUCGAAUCUCACCUGCCGACUCCGGAUCCCGCCGCCCCUUCCUCAGCCCUUGGGGCCGCGGCAGAAGUAGCGGGAAAGUCCGGAGCGGGUGCGGAUGCCGCGAGCGUGCUGCGAGCGAGCCCGUCCGUCGCGGUGGCCGCGGCGCAGAUCGUGCAGUGGGUCGUGGCUAAGCUGGCGCAGAUCCUGGGCCUUCCCGUGGAGGAGAUCGACGUGGAUCGGCCGGUGCAUGCAAACGGCAUCAAUUCUUUGGUGGCGGUCGAGCUGCGCAAUUGGUUCGGGAAGCGCAUCGGGGCGGAUGUGGCGGUCUUUGAGAUCCUGGGCAAUAUGUCUUUGGCGGAGCUGAGUCGUUCCGCGGCCCAGAAGACUAAAUUUCGAAAUUGAGAACUUUCCAGAUAGAAUCAUAGGUGAGAUGAUUUGGGGAAGAUAGGGAAGGGUGCCUUUUAGGCCACCCAUGUGUAGCUAGUAAGGCAGAUAGGGACUUGUCCGGGUGAUAGUGUGGUUGGAAUUCACUGCAAGGACCAAUGAUUACACCUAUUAAUAUUGAUUCAUCUUGGGGAUUAUA